AUGCAGUCCCGAACCCCCCGCCCCAAACCGCCGUCCCCCAACUGGCCCCCUCAGCCUCCCCUCGCCGUCUUCGUCCGCAGCCUCCAGCUCCUCCAACUCGAUCGCCAUGACGAUUGGCCUCAUAUCUCCCUCCGCUCCCUCGCAGACACGUCGCAGAACCAGCGUCAACGCGUGAGGGCCAUCGAAUGGGCUCUGUACCAUCUCGUUGCCCUCUGGGAUCCCAGCACCGCUCGGGAUAAACUCCGUCCCUUCUUCCCUCCCCUCGAGCCGCUACAGUCAGUCAACCUGCGCGCCGCCUUGUUCCGCGUACUCUCCGAAUUAAAGAAACAAGGUGAUCUGGGCAAGGAGGCUAUUCUCCGCAAGUCAAUGCUAGAUGACUGCAGGGGCGAGAAAUUCGAGGAAUUGCUAGCCGUCUUCUCCACGGCUGUGCUGCGGAAGACCCUGGCCGCUUCCCCAGAUCCUGGCUUGCAAAAUGUGGCCACGAGGAUUUCACUGGCCCCGGGCCUGACUCGUGAGGAAUAUCAGCUCGUGCUCCCCCUGGUUCUGGCCCAUCGCGUCUCCCUCAAUCAGAUCGGGGAGCGUCGCACUAAAGCCCAAGACACCCAUGAAAGGUUCACUCAACUGCUGGAUCUCAAGAGACUACAGUUCGACGAGCGGUCCAAGGAGAACACCCCUCAGCUCUCUGACAACGGCGCUGACAUCGAUGCCUUGACCCGCGACCUCAAGGAUAACUGGCUGGGCAGUAAGGACUGGGGCGAUGCCCUGCUCCAUGGCGGUGCUCAGGGCAGCAGCGACGCCUUCCUGGAACUUCCAUUUGACGCCGCCUGGGCGAAAGCCAACGAGUCAAACGUGGAUGGUCUCCGCGCGAACACAUCUCCCGAUCUGCUUGUCGAUCUGGAGUCUCGCGUCUUCCGCCAGCGAGCCCGGCUGCAGCGCUGGCGCCAGUACAGCGCCUCCAUGCGCAAGCAUGAGCGGAUAGAAUCGGCCAGCUCCACCACCUCCCAGCCGCUCGUCUUCCGCGAGCACCAGGCACUCACGGUCGCCAGCAUUUCCAAGGCCGUCCGGCAGCCGGUAGAGCGUGCCUCCCCCAAGGCAGACGACCGGGCGCUGCUCUUCUCCAUGACCGAGGCCAUUGCCCGGAUCAACGGCCGAUCCGCUGCACGUCACCGCCACACCAAGAGCGACUCUCGGUCACGCAACACCACAGCAGUUCCUUCUUCGUUAACCCCAACCCAGCCUCCCAUCUUUCUCGACCACCAAAGCCCCAGAACGACCCCCUCUCCCUCUGAACCAACCAGCCGAUUCACUCUCGUCGAACGAACCCGCAAAUCCAUGUCCCUCGUCCCACCACCCACCCACACCCGACCACGAGACAGCUUCCGAUCACACCGACCCCGUCCCUCGUUCCCUGUGAACCAGUUUGAAACACCUGAGAAACCGAACCCCAUCCCCAGGGCCUCCACGCCGCACGACGAGCUCUUCAAAGAAGAAGCCGACUACGCCAGCGUAUUCAAGUCGCGGCCACGUGUGGCACACAGCCCUAUCGCAUCGCCAGCGGUACACAUCAGCCCCAUUGGAGAUUUCGAUCUGGGAGCAGACGAGGACAUCGAUAUGGAUGAGCUGGGGGGAGCGGAUGAGUAUGCACAAGAUACGCCGUUGACCUCAAGACGUAGGAUCUUUUGA